CCACGCUCACGCUGGUGUCGUCACACACUGGGUGAUGUGCCUUUGAUUUCAGUGAACAAUUUGAUAGUGCACGAGCUCCAGCGCCGCUCCAAACCUGUGCUCCUGUACACUGUGUCCCGACACGGGAUAAUGGUCAUUAUGAAGAGCUCGAGAGGAUUACAACUCGCCUUCAGAAUUUAUAAGCGAAGUCAUCAUCACUCAGUUGGAAUUAUUGGAGCGCCUUUUUCAAAAGGACAGCCGCGGGAUGGUGUGGAGAAAGGACCAGACCUCAUUCGCGCAGCCGGAUUGGUGGAGAAGCUCAAAGCGCAAGGCUGUGCGGUCAAAGACUAUGGCAACGUGACGUUUGAGGAGGUGGCCAACGAUGAGCCAAUAGGCAAUGUGAAGAGACCCAGAGCGGUGGGCAGCGCCAACCAACGUCUGUCUACUGCCGUCCACGCAGUGAAGAAUGAUGGACACACUUGUGUGAUGCUGGGAGGAGACCACAGUUUGGCAAUAGGCUCGAUCCUGGGGCAUGCGGCAGCUAAGAAGGACCUCAGUGUGGUAUGGGUGGAUGCCCAUGCAGACAUCAACACCCCUCUGACCUCCCCUACAGGCAAUAUCCACGGACAGCCCAUGUCCUACCUCAUCCAUGAGCUGCAAUCCAAGAUUCCAGUUCUGCCAAAUUUCUCCUGGAUAAAGCCAUGUGUAUCAGCCAAAGAUAUAGUCUACAUUGGCUUGAGAGACGUGGAUCCAGAGGAGCACCAUAUCCUGAAGUUACUGGGUAUCAAGGUUUACUCCAUGACUGAGGUGGAUCGCCUCGGAAUAGCCAAAGUGAUGGAAGAGACAUGUGACUACAUCUUCUCAAAGGUGAAGAAGCCCAUCCACCUGAGCUAUGACAUUGAUGCCCUGGACCCAUCAAUCUCCCCGGCCACAGGAACCCCAGUAGUGGGAGGACUGACCUACAGAGAGGGAAUCUACAUCACAGAGCACAUCUGUCAGACAGGGCUGCUGUCUGCAGUGGACAUGGUGGAGGUGAACCCUAAGAGGGGCAGGACAGAUGGUGAGAUCAGCUCCACGGUCAACGCUGCAGUAGAUCUGAUACGUGGCUGCUUCGGAAAGCUUCGGGAGGGAAACCACCCUGCGGACUACAAGAUGCCCCUGCCUUGAGCUGCCAACCACCACCAGAGUCUUCUAUUACGAUUAAGGGUUCUGGGCAUCACCACCAUAUUUCUGCACUUCAAAAUCAUCAUUACUCUUUUUCUGGAAUCCAGCUUUAACUAUUUAAUUGCCUUUUGUAUUAAAUCAUGGAGAGAUUAAAAUGCUUUUUUCAGAACUG